CGGAGUUGUUGUUGACUUCCUUAUUGAUCCCGAUUAUGACUAAUGCGCGUCUCCGUACUUUUAAGAAUUAGUUUCGGUUUCGAAGAAAUGACACUGUUUCAUAACAUUAAAAGGACGUGAUACAAAAAUGACGAUCAGAAUGAUAAUAUUCCUAGUACUAACGGUCUUUCACAGAGUCUUGUCACAGAAAAUACCUGUGGAGAAUACAACUUGUUUGGAGUUAGCCAAACCAUCAAAUCAACAUUUACGUCUAACCUGUAGUCAAAAUGACUACCACUGUCUCCUGGACGAGACUUUUACCAAGGAGUUUGAGGUCUGCACGGAGUGGAGGUGGAUUUUAGGAGGAAAAUGUGCUUAUUUCAACACAUAUGGAAGUGGAAACAUUGACGAAAGGAACUGCAUCCAAAAAUCUAAUCUGACUUGUUCAACUGUUCAGUUCUCAUCUGCAUCAAAUACAAACCACACUGCCUGUUAUGCAAAGAAAGAGAUCAGUACAUCACCGCCUAGUACAACAAGUCCAACUAGAACUCAGGCAGUUGAAGGGACUCGUUCAGUAACUGAGACUUCUGAUAAAGGGAAUGCAACAAAUAUUAAAACUACCAGUGACAAACAUUGUCAAAGACAUCCUUUACCAAUUAUUUUGGGCAUUGUUGCUCCUCUCGUAUCUCUUGCUGUGGUAUACUUCAUCUUUAUGCAUUUAAAAUAUGUACCCUUAUACAGAAAAGCACUCCGAUGCACGGAAAGAGCGAGGAAUGAGGACUUUGUAGAACAACAACUUUUUUUUAGGAUUGAGAAGGAAGAUACAUUAGAAAGUCCAACAACAAUGAGGGAUGAAGAUGAAAAUAUAAAUGAUACAAGAAGGAGUGUGGACUUAGAUAUAUGUAAAUCAGCAGAAGUUGACAUUUCAAAGGAUUUAAAUGAGGGAGUAUCAAUAGCAGAUGUUCAAAGAAAAAAACUGGAUGAGGAAAACUCCGCAGCAAAUGCACCAGGUGUAUGUAUUGAUUCAGACAAAUCAGAUAAUGAAGAAGGAGACACACAGGAACUGACUGAUGUGUUUGAUGACACAAUGGAAAGUAUACAAAGGAUAGCACAUCCAACAGAAGAACAAGACAGAGAACUGUGUACAAAGUUAUACAACCUUCUGGAAAUUGAGGGUCGGAAGCUGAUGCAGGAAUUUAUGGCAGCUACCCUCACUAGAGAGACAGGGAAAUCAGUGGAAACUCUAAUUAACAGUUUGACUGAUCAAGAAAAAAAUAAAUUAAAAGAAAUAUUGCCAGAAGAAUCCCAUCGUAUUCUUGAAUCAAAAACGGGGCAUGGCACUUCAUUACAUGUAUCAUACGGUUUACAUCGGAUCAUCCUUGAUGAUGAGAAGUCUCCAAAAUCAGGUUGGGGUAACCCAGUCAGGGGUACAGACAUUGGUAUUGGUGAUGAUAUAGAGAGAUUGAAUAGGAUUCAAAUCAUUCUUCAAAAAAUACCAAACCCAGUGACUGUGUCUGUAGAAAGUUACAUCAGACUGUUGGACAUUAUGAUAGAAGCACUCACUCGGCUGAAUCCUGAUGCUGAAUUUAAGGAGGAUUAUAAGAUACUAUUCUGCAAAUUGGAAAGUAUCAAAAACCCAAAUUUGACACAAACAAUGUUAAAAACAAUUAAAAGUACUGUAAAAAAAAUAUGGUAAAUUUUUAAGAAGUAAAGGUCUUAAAAUAUUGAACAUUAAAAAAAAAAGAGUAUCAGAAUGAAUUUAUAUAAUGUACACUGUGCAUUGUAUGAUUGCUUACCCACUUUGCCUUGGAACCUCGUACUGUGUUCAUGAUUUCUUCCAUUUUAUUCAAAUUAAAAUACAGUCAAUCUUUUAAAAAAUAUGAGUCAAUUUACUUUGUUAUUUAAGUUGUUGAAACAAUGUAAGCUACCAUUAUCAAAUUAUUAUACUCUUAAACGUUUUGCUUCUGGUAUAAUGCCCUUAUGAAUUAAACAAAUUAAAUGUCAACACAGAAAAGCGUGAUUCAAAUUUUUAUGAAAUUUGUAAGAAGAG